UCUCAAUCCAUUUAUCAUUCAGUUUCAGCUUCAUGUAUUUCUGACUAUGAGCAGGAGGAAAUUUCAUGUGAAAGCACACAAGGACAAGAUCUACAAUUUUUAUUUGAUGGAUAUACGAUAAUGGCAGCCACCUUUGCACCACGCCGGGCAUUUCCUAAUUAUGCGUCGAUCCCUAGGUCAUACUUCCUGGGCCACCAUCGGGCUGGCUUAAGAAAAAUGCAGAAUAUGCUUUCAUCUAUUGACUAUGUCAUCGAGUGCCGAGAUUACCGAGUUCCAGUCACCUCCAUGAACCCUAUGUUUGAGGAGGCACUGGGAAAGACGAGACGACUGAUCGUAUACACCAAGAGAGAUCUCGGCGCAGAAGCUGGGUCAAAUGCGCAGAAAAAGGCAGAAAAAUCUAUUCGGACCUUCAACAAGAAUGGAGAUUCACUUUUUGUUAGCUCAUCUUCUCGAAUAGACGUUGGCACCAUCCUUAAACACUUGCGAGACGAUGCGGGCAUCCCGGAGAGGUUAGUUGGCUGUCGAGUCAUGGUGGUCGGCAUGCCCAACGUAGGCAAGUCAACGUUAAUCAACAAUUUGCGUAACCAAGGCAUGGGAAAGGCCAAGGCGCUGCGGACUGGAGGUCAGCCGGGUAUAACACGAAAGAUUGCUUCGCCCGUGAAGAUCAUCGAGCGCGAGAAUGGCUCGCAUGUCUACGUCUUGGACACACCGGGUGUCUUCAUGCCGUAUGUACCGGAUGCGGAGAACAUGCUGAAAUUGGCACUUUGCGGCUGUGUCAAGGACUCGGUCAUCGCGCCCGUGACGCUGGCCGACUAUCUAUUGUACCACAUAAACCUGAACGAUGCUCAAGUAUAUCAGCGAUGGUCGCCUCCAACAAAUGAUAUAAUGUCACUUUUGAAUGACUUCGCCCGCCAAACAGGCCUUCUGGCCAAAGGUGGGAUCCCCAAUACAGAGCUCGCAGCUCUGCACUUCAUUCAGAAAUGGCGCGCUGGAGAUCUGGGCAAAUUCAUACUCGAUGACUUGCAGGCGGAAGAGCAGCGUCUCUUGGAAGGCGGAGAACGGGAGAUCACCAUCAGUCGAACGCAGGCGCUGAAGGCUGACAAACUAGCGCGAAGGCAACCCAAGCUAUAAAUAAUCAUAUCUGGCACAUAGACUAAUAUAGCCCCCAACCAUCUCUUGUACAAAAGAACGAAUCAUGUUGGUAUCAUCGAUAUGCUUUUGCUUCCCCUAAGAUGCAUCCUGCAUUUGGAGCGGGGACAGUACCGCAUAUGAAGGCAAAGCACAAGAAGAGACAUGAGAAGCGGCGAAGGGAGACAUGAA